AUGGCUUGGCAGGACAUCAGCACAAAGGCAAAGGAGAAGCUCGACGCCUCGAUCCCAGCAGAAUGGCGUAUCAAAGAGGACAACUUGCCGCCAGUAGAUCGGAAAGACGUUACAGGUGUGCCAGCAGAAUGCGGCAUCUUGAGCGACCUGGAGCUCGCGAUUACGGACAGCUAUGCAACUGAGAUUGUCCAGAAGGUUGCUGCUGGAGAGUGGAAGGCGGAGGACGUGACAAGGGCGUUUUGCAGACGUGCUGUUAUCGCUCAUCAGCUUACCAACUGCCUCACCGUCACCAUGUUCGAUGCAGCCCUCGCCCGCGCGAAGGAGCUCGAUGACCACUUAUCGCGCACCGGCAAGACCGUUGGGCCUCUUCAUGGCUUACCCGUCAGUCUCAAAGAUAAUUUCAAUAUUCCCGGUUAUCCCAGCUCUGUUGGUUUCUGCAGCUGGGCAUUGGAGCCGAUGGAGCAGGAAAGUACGAUCGUUGCCAUUCUGCGUGAGCUUGGGGCGGUGGCGUAUGUUAAGACCAAUGUGCCUACGGCGAUGAUGAUUGCUGAGACUGUGAAUAAUUGCUAUGGUCGAACAACCAACCCUCUCAACCGCAACCUAACCUCCGGCGGCUCUUCAGGUGGCGAGAGCGCUCUCAUAGCUAUGCGAGGUAGCCCUCUCGGCGUCGGCACAGACAUUGGCGGCAGCCUGCGCAUCCCAGCCGCUUGCACAGGCAUCUACACCAUCCGUCCCUCAUACGGGCGGUUUCCGCACUUCGACGCUCGCUCCGGCUUAGCAGGUCAAGAAUCAAUCGGCAGCGUUCACGGGCCGAUGGCGAGGAGUAUGGCGGACCUACGGCUAUUCACCGAUAACGUCGCGAACGCUAGUCCAUGGUUGCGAGAUCCAAAGUGCAUCCCUAUGCCCUGGCGAAGCGUCGAGAUUAAGAACAGACCAAAAAUCGCCGUCCUCUGGGACAACGGCCUCUGCAGCCCAACGCCACCCGUAAAGCGAGCGUUGCAGACCGUAGUCGACAAACUCAAAUCCAAAAACUACGACAUCAUCACCUGGCCCGCAACCGGCCACGCCGGAGCCAACGACCUCGUCGGCCGCUUCUUCGUCGCCGACGGCGGUCGCUCCGUGCAGAAGAUCCUCGAACCCACCGGCGAGCCCUGGCGGCCGGAGAUGAAGUCUUAUUCGGAGGCGAAGGAACUGUCUACCUACGAUCUCUGGCAGCUGCAAAAACAGCGCACGGCGUUGCAGAAGAUGUAUCUCGACCGCUGGGCGGCGUGCGAGGGUUUAGACGCGAUACUGGGGCCUACGACGCCGUACGCGGCGCCCAGGGCUGGAGGGUUUAAGACGGUUAGUUAUACGGCUAUUUUUAAUUUACUGGAUUAUAGCUCGACGUCGUUUCCGAGCGGGGUGGUUGGGGAUAGGGAGGUUGAUGUGUAUACGGCGGACUUUAAGGCGCUGGGAGAGGUUGAUGAGGUGACGAAGGCGGACUAUGAUGCGGCUGAGAUUGAGGGGAUACCUGUCAGUCUGCAGCUGACGUGUAGGAGGUUGGAGGAUGAGAAGGUGAUGGCGUUGACGGCGAAGGUUUGCGAGGAUAUCAAGUAG